AUGUCAACAGCCCCCAAAGACGUCAACUCGCCUCUCCUUAGCCCAUCAACGCGAACAGCUCAUCCGCAAGUGAGCUUUUCGGCAAAACAAGCCGACUCGAAAUCAACGCCUAGCACUAACGGUCCACGUCUCGGCACAGACAUAAACUCGAGACCAAUGGCGCCUACGAACGCAACCCCCAUUGACCCCGUGCCACUCAAGGCGGACACCAACAUGUCUUGGGGCGCGCCACUCGGCCUCAAAGUCCGUGGUGCGAACGAUGAGAACUUGAUCAUAUUCAGAAAGGCUGUGGGUAUCAACUGGCACCCCAAGAACGUCGACAAUGCAACCCUGGAGGAAGGGCGAAAAUCGGCCACUGGUAUAUACAAGUCUGUCCUGGACGCGGAGCAAAAGAAGAACAUCCAGCAUGAUACAGUCACUGUGCUUCUGUACUUUCUCUACUUCGCGCAAGUGGUUGUCGGUGCGGCGCUCACAGCCCUGGGUCCGAACGCAUCCCAGUACGUGGUCCCGAUCACCCUACUGGGUGCUGUCAACACCGUGAUCGCGGGUGUGCUUGCCUUGAUUAAGGGCUCGGGACAACCACAGAGACUGGGCAAGGAUCAAGUGGGCUACCGGAAAGUGCAGGACUGGAUCGAGGAGACGGAGGCGCUCCUAGCAGUCGGUGUCAUCGGGAGAGACCGGCGGGAGGUCGGCCUCCUGGUCGAGGUGGCGUUCAAGAAGUACAACGCCGCCAAGGCCAGCGAGGAGAACAACCGCCCCGACAUGUACGUGCACCAACCCAUGGAGUCGCUCGGGAACCGGACGAGCUCCGAUUCCUUCGAGCGCGGCAGCAAGUCCAAAAACACAACCGCUGAGACUGAGGAGGCGAACUAG